CCUUAUCACUCCCACUCAUUCACACAGCCAAGCUCACACCAGAUAGGGCAGGGUACAGAGCCCCAGCUUUCUGCAGCCCCCAUCCCUUUCUCUGCCCCAGGGAUCCUGAUCUUGGGGCUCCUGUUGGCUACUCCCAGCUGCCUUGGCUACCCUGAAGACUUGAUCAGGUGCUUCCAGGACCCCGAAUAUGAGUCUAUCUGUGUCACAGCCCAGGAGGGCCUCCACACCUCCCCGCUGCCGAAGCGCGUGGUGGUGGUGGGAGCUGGCAUGUCAGGGCUGACGGCGGCCAAGGCCCUGCAGGAUGCGGGCCACCAGGUCACCAUCCUGGAAGCCAGCGACCACGUCGGAGGUCGAGUGGUGACAUUCAGGAAUGAGAAGGAGGGCUGGUACCAUGAACUGGGGCCCAUGCGAAUCCCAAAGUCCCACAGGCUGGUCCACACCUAUGUCAGGAAGCUGGGCCUGAAGCUGAACAAGUUCAUCCAGUACGAUGGCAACACCUGGUACCUCAUCAACAGAAAACGCUACCGUGCCAGAGAGGUCAAGGCCAACCCAGAGCUCCUAGGCUACUCCACGAGCCCAAGAGAAAAGGGCAAGAACGCUAUGACUCUCUUCUACCAGUCCAUUGCCAAGCUCAAAAGAAGUUCGAAAUUUUUCAACUGCAGCCAUCUGAUGUCCUUUUAUGAUUCUUACUCCACCAAGGCUUACCUGUUGAAGGAAGGGAUGCUGAGCCAAGGAGCAAUAAAGAUGAUCGGGGAUGUGAUGAAUGAGGAUGCUGGAUACUACAAGUCCCUUCUGGAGUCCCUGCGGACUGACAUGAUCUUCAAAAGCAAUGACUUCUCUGAGAUCACCGGUGGCUUUGACCAGCUCCCCAAAGCCCUCAGCGCCAGCUUGAAGCCUGGAACCAUCCAUCUGGGCUCCAAGGUGGAGAUGGUAGUGAGGGAUGGGCCCGAGGUCCAGAUUUCCUACCGGGUGGGCAAGCCCAACUCAACACUGCACACCCUCACCGCAGACUUUGUCAUCAUCUCCACCUCGGCCAAGGCCACACGCCUCAUCACCUUUGAGCCGCCGCUCUCCUGGGACAAGAUGGACGCGCUCCGCUCAGUGCAUUACACCAGUGCCACCAAGGUGGUUCUGGCCUGCAACGAGUCCUUCUGGGAGCGGGAUGGCAUCCAGGGCGGGGUCUCCAUCACAGACCGGCCCUCACGCUACAUUUACUACCCCAGCCACAGCCUUCCCAGUGGCAAGGGUGUCCUGCUGGCCUCCUACACCGUGGACGAUGAUUCCCUCUUCUUCAUAUCCAUGAAGCAGGACCAGGUGGUGGACAUCGUCCUGGAGGACCUGGCGGCUGUGCACCAGAUCCCCAAGGAGGAGCUGAGGCGCAUGUGCCCGUCCUCUGUGGUUAAGCACUGGUCUCUGGACCCCCUCAUCAUGGGCGCGUUCACAGAGUUCACACCCUAUCAAUUUGUGGACUAUUCGCAGAAGCUCUUCCAGCCAGAGGGCCGCAUCCACUUUGCUGGCGAGCACACUUGCCUGCCCCAUGCCUGGAUGGACACUGCCAUCAAGUCUGGCCUCCGAGCAGCCAGGAACAUCCAGGCUGCUGUGGACCAGGAGGCCACAGGGAGACAGACGACCUUUACCAAUACCCAGAAUCGUUUCUAACCCUGAGAGAAAUCCCUUAGGGAAUCUGGCAGAAAGCAGGCUGCAUGUCCCCCUGGCCCACAAGCAGGAACCCAAAAUACCAAAGAACCCAGGUGGUAAGUCCACAGGAAACAUCACCCUCUCCCCUGCCUCUCUCCCCUGCCAGCCCUG